UGCAGACAAUACCGGGCACCUGCCAGAGAUGUCGGGGACACCCGCAGGUUCUUCCGAUCAAUGGACGCCUCUUCAGAGAUUGGGGCCUCGGGUAUGAAAUGGACCCAGCUCAGGUCCAGGACCUCGAAGUCUCCUCCAGGUAAAUGGCCUGCAUUCUCCAGGCGUCGGCAUUCUCCACCUGCACCCCCGGGGCUUGCACUCUGAGCUGCUGUCCUGUUUUGGAAAAGAGAGAACUGGACAUGGAAGGCAUUCUCAGGGUGCUUGGAUCCCAGGCCAGGGUCAAGGGGAUGAAACAAGAGGGGGAGAGAGAUUUCUCCGCUGGCCUUUCUGGCUGGGACAAGGUUCACCACAGUGACACGUCCCAUUUGCUCAAGAGGUUCAUCCGGGAGUGCCGAGAGCCUCCCGACAUUCACCGCACUGCCCAGUGAGGAUGUCCCAGCCCUUUGCAUUUGCAGAGAAGAGCAUUUGAUGCCACUGACCUUGGCUGGAGAGGCGACAUGGUGGGAAGACAGGACUACCUCCUCCCUGUGACCUUGAGCUGAUGGGGGAGGAUGUAUGUGCCUGUACAUGUGUGUGCCUGUGUAUGGUGUGUACCGUAUGUGUGUGCAUGUAGUGUUUGCAUGUACGCGUGUCACGUGCACACGCGCAGGUGUGUGUGGAGUGUAUCGGGUAUGUGUGUGUGUGCCUGUAUGUGUAUGUCAAGGGCAUGCGUGUGUGUGGUGUGUAACGGGGGAGAAGAGGAGGUGCGGCUUGCUCACUGCAGUCCUCAUUCAUCCUCCUACAGACCAGCUUUCCUCCCUUCACGAUGGCAGUGGGGCCGAGCUUAUCAGAUUCAGCUCAUUGUGUAUCAGCAGGCGCACACGUGUGUGCACAUCCAUCUGUCCGUGGGCAUGUAGGUCUGCCCGUGGGCACAUAUUGCACAGAUCCCCACUUACCUUCUGCCUGGACUUCUCAUAACCCACAGAGUACAAACACUCCUAGUUUGCUGAAAAGAAUAAAGCAACCUGCCCAGGGUCCACCUGUGACCUAGCGGGGAAAUCCGCUCGCCCUGUCACUCUCUCCGACUCUCCGAUAAGCUUCAGGGUGCGGGCUGUCUGAUGUCCAUCCCCAGCCA